CACCGCGGCGGCGGAAGAAGCGUUGCUCGCCAUGCCAAAAUUACGAAAAACGCAAGGAGGGAAGCAAGAGAAAAAAGUUGUCCACCCCUACAGCAGAAAAGCCGCGCAGCUUGCAAGGGAGGCACACAAACAGGAAAAGAAAGAAAAGUUGAAGACUGACAAAGCUUUGCGCCUGAGUAUCAUUGGAGAAAAAUUGCAGUGGUUUCAAAGUCAUCUUGAUCCCAGUAAAAUUGAGUACACAAAGCAGGAGGCUGGCGAACUAAUUGAAAAUUAUAUGUGUCGAUUCGAUGCUGAAUUGGAGCAGAUUGAAUUACAAAACAGUAUUAAAGGUAGACAAGGAAGGCAGCAUGGUUCACGGGAAGCUGUCAUCAAGCAGACCAUAGAACGUGAAAGACAACUUUAUGAAGGCUAUGGAAUGGAAAUCCCAGACAUUAUGAACAGAAAGCAUCUUAAAUUUUUCAGAGAAUGGGAUGGUGAUCUCAGGAAACUGCCAAACAUCAAAAUGAAAAAGCUCUCAGCUAGGGAUGCUGCUUGCAGUCAGCCUGAGGUGGCAGAUACGGAAGCUAAAGAAGAACUGAAUAAAGGAGAAGAGGUGGCUGACUGAAGAGCUGAAACAGCUGAAGGGAAUUGUUUUGAUAAACACUGGAAACAAGAAUAAAUUCUAAUUAUAUUUGCAAA